AUGGUAUCAUCAUCCAUUCUAUCACACAACGCAUCAACAGCAGCAUAUCAAGAAGAAAAAUUACAUCAUACACCAUGGGUAGAAAAAUAUAGACCAAAAAAUUUAACAGAUAUAUCAUCACAAGAACAUGCAAUCAAAAUAUUAAAAAAGCAAAUAACUUCAGGAAAUAAUAAUUUACCACAUAUGUUAUUUUAUGGUCCUCCAGGUACUGGGAAAACAUCAACAAUAUUAGCAUUAGCUAAACAAUUAUAUGGACCAAAUUUAUAUAAAUCAAGAGUUUUAGAAUUAAAUGCAUCAGAUGAAAGAGGUAUAUCAAUUGUAAGACAAAAGAUUAAAAAUUUUGCAAAAUUAACAGUUAGUAAUCCAACAGAAGAAGAUUUAAAAAAUUAUCCAUGUCCUCCAUAUAAAAUAAUUAUAUUAGAUGAAGCAGAUUCAAUGACAAAUGAUGCACAAUCAGCUUUAAGAAGAACAAUGGAAACUUAUUCAAAUAUAACUAGAUUUGCAUUAGUUUGUAAUUAUAUAACAAGAAUUAUUGAUCCAUUAGCUUCAAGAUGUUCAAAAUUUAGAUUCAAAUUAUUAAAUAAUGAAAAUUCUUUAAAAAGAUUACAAUAUAUAAGUGAACAAGAAAAUUUAAAAUUUGGAGAAAAUGAAAAUGAUGUAUUAAAUGAAAUUUUAAAAAUCAGUAAUGGUGAUUUAAGAAAAGCAAUAACCUUUUUACAAAGUGCUUCAAAAUUAAGUUCAAGUUUACAAACAGAAAAUAUUGAUUCAGAAGAUGGAUUAAUUACAAGAAAUUCAAUUAGAGAAACAGCUGGUAUAUUACCAGAUAAUUUAAUUACAACAUUAAUUAAAAAAAUGCAAAGUUCUAAAAAUCAAAUUAUGGAUUUAAUUAAUUUUAUAAAUGAUAUUAUAUUAAAUGGAUGGAGUGUACAACAAUUAAUUGAUCAAUUACAUGAUUUUUUAAUUUUAGAUGAUAAUUUAUCACUGGAACAAAAAAAUCAAAUUAGUUUGGAAUUAUUUAAUUGUGAUAAAAAAUUAAAUUUGGGUACUGAUGAACAUAUUCAAUUAUUAAAUAUUAUAUUAUCAAUUUCUAAAAUUUUGUAA